UUCAAUUUUAUUUUUCUUUAGUUUGAAGGUGACUUUACUGACCAUGAGCCCAAUUUGGAUCGUGUUCGUCUUUUCUCUUCUUAUGAGCGAAGUUCACUGCGAAAAGAGGGGGGCUGAUUAUGAAUCGGUAGUUUGUGAGGGCAAGUCACUCGAAAUCAAAUGUAAGGGACAGCGGAUUGAAAUUAUUGGGGCGGAAUAUGGGAGGACAGAGUCAGGAAGCAAGCAUUGCCCGUUGGCUUUGUUUGACUGGAAUACGAAGUGCUAUUCCAAGGAGAGUACCUUGGAAAUCACCAAAAAGGAAUGCGAUGGCUUCAGGUCUUGCACUCUCUAUGCCAAUAAGGUGGAGUACGGUGACCCGUGUUUUGGUACCUAUAAGUAUUUGAAGGUCAAUUAUAGGUGCAUACCAGCAACACCAGAAGCCUUGCAGAAGAUUCGCGUCUGUGAAGGUCAGCAAGCCUAUAUAGAUUGCCCCAAUGGACGUAAGAUUGAAGUCGAUUAUGCAAAUUAUGGCCGUUUGAAGGGAGCACAUGUCUGUGGUUUCUUGAUCGCCUUAAACACAAAAUGCGAGGUGAAGAACUCCAAGGAUACUGUGGAGAGAGACUGCAAAAACAACGAAGCAUGUUUGCUGGAAGCAAACGACUACAAGUUUGGCGUCAGCGGGUUUGGCAAGGAUCCCUGUCCUUUAACCCUAAAAUAUCUGGAGGUCCAUUACAAAUGCAAAAAGCCUGAGUGAGUGGCAACAAUAUCAACUGGUGAUGUCCCGACAGGAUGAGGGAAAAAAAGCCAAGGAAACGCAUCUGGAGAAAUGCGAUGUAGAAAUAGAAAUGGGGAAUAAAAAUGAACUGGGAAUUCAAUUUCGUAGAUGUGGUGUUCAAUUAUUCCAUUAGGUAGCUUAAUAGGGCGGGGAUUUGAGGGAUUGGUACGACCCUGCUACCAACUAGCUAACUGUCCCCUUCGUUCCACGUGGCACAUAGGGUACUACACUUCCUAAACCUCAGGAACUAACUUAGUAUAAAUUAUUAAACCUCAGGAAUUAGAAAUGAAAGGGGAAGGAGCGGAACGAACAGAAGGCAGCGUGGUUUAAAGUACUGGAUUUGAAAUCUGGAUCUCCUGGUCCAAAUCCUUUACCCUACUGCUAUCUGGAUUUGUUUCUCGGUAGUCACCGAGUUCAACCCCUCUACCGCGUUGUGUGAAUAGGCAACUGAUCAGCAUCCCACCAGUUCGAAUUUUUAUAUCCAUGACAGUGCUAAUUGAAACCUUUUCAGAAGAGGUGAAAGUUGAACUCUUUUACUCCUUUAAAACUUCAUUAGGUCACAGAAACAAAUGCAAUGAAUCAGUGCACACUACCCUUUAGAGUAAAAAUCCAGGCAAGUCGACAUCAAGCCAAAGAGUCCCAUGCCACCAGAGCUUAUCUCGAGGUCCGCAAUAUUUAGCGACGGACAGU